AUGUGGUUGAUCGGUGUAAACGAUUUGUAUGACAACUCUGUUCAACAUGGCCCAUUGCAAAGCGCUUACGAUCAGCCAGCGUGUCCACGAGCACGCAAACCAAAGAAGAGUCCCAGCGAGAAGGCACCGGUGAACACCAGCGCUACUGCCCUGGCGGACGACAAACGACCCCGGACGGCUUUUAGUGGGCCACAGCUGGCGAGGUUGAAGCACGAAUUCGCUGAAAAUCGUUAUCUAACGGAGAGGCGUCGUCAACAGUUGAGCGCCGAGCUUGGCUUGAACGAAGCCCAGAUAAAAAUUUGGUUUCAGAACAAGCGAGCCAAGAUAAAGAAAUCCUCCGGCCAGAAGAACCCACUGGCAAUACAACUGAUGGCCCAGGGUUUGUACAAUCAUUCAACGAUACCACUCACCAGGGAGGAAGAAGAGCUGCAAGAAAUGCAGGCUGCAGCCGCGGCAGCGGCCGAAUCCAGGAUCGGUUCGUCGGCCGCAAGCGGUUAG